AUGUUCUCCCCUUCCUGCCAGCUGGCGCCGGACGAGGAGCUCGACCAAACCCUAGACGAAGAAGUGCUGUUGGAACAAGAAGUGGGCCCCACCACCACCGGUCCUCCUCCUCCCCCCAAGCCAGCAGCCGAUCAACCUCACCGCCGCUCCACGUUGGAUCUCCUCCAGAAAUACGGCGGCGGCGGAGGGAGCCGGUCGUCUUCUUCUUCCACGUGUCCCACUCCUCCGCCGCAGCGGCGGGCGCUGGCGGCCGAGGAAGCGCUGAGGAUUGCCGGGAAGAGGAUCGUGCAGUACUCCUCCGGAAAAGCCGGAGCGCCGUCGAUGCUCAACAUCCCGUUCGACCCUUCGCUGUCGCACCUGUCGAAGGAUGACGUCAGGAGCGUCGAGCUGGCGGAGUACCUGCUGGCGGCGGCCGAGCGGGUCGGGGACAGGCAGUUCGACCACGCCGCCGCUUUGCUGAAUUUGUGCGAGUCGUUGGCUUCGAAGACUGGGAACGCCGUUCAGAGAUUGGGAUACUGCUUCUGUCAAGCCCUGAGGGAGAAGAUUGCUUGCGACACUGGUAAAAAACCUCCUCAAGACAAGAAGAGAUCGGUUCCUGACUACCACGAGUCACUGCUGACGUCGGAUUUUGCAGUGAAAGCAAUGCAACGUGGAGCCAUGCCGAUGUUCCAGGUGCCACAUAUGGUCGGCAUCCAAGCCAUAAUCGAAAACGUGACCAAGGCAAACAAGAUCCACGUCAUCGAUCUCAAAAUCGGAAACGGCCACCAAUGGGUUGCCCUAAUGCAAGGUCUGAUGUCGCUUUCGGACCGAGAACCGGUCGAGCUCCUUCGAGUAACCGCCGUGGCAACCAUAACUUCCAACCAAUCCUCCAUCAAGGACACGGGGAACCGGUUGGCCAGCUUUGCCGAGAGCAUUGAAAUGCCGUUUCAGUUCAACAUCGUCCACGUGGACGACGUGACGGACCUGAAGGAGGAGAUGUUCGCGGUGGAUCGGGGGAAGGAGGCGGUGCUGGUGUACUCGGAGCACGCGUUCGUGACCGAGAUCGGUCGGCCCGACCGGAUGGAGGCCCUGAUGCGGGUCAUGAGAGGGUUGAACCCGCAGCUCAUGGUCGUGACCGAGACCGAGGCCAACAACAACUCCCCGCAUUUCUCGGCGAGAUUCGUGGACGCGCUGUUCCACUACGGCGCCGUUUUCGACAGCGUGGACGCGUGCAUGGGAAAGGACGACGAGGAAGGGCGGGCGUUCAUGGAGGGCGUGAUGAUGGGGAGGAUGAUAAGUAACGUGGUGGCGCGUGAGGGGGAGGAGCGCGUGGUGCGGGGCGUGAAGCUGGACGUGUGGCGGGCGUUUUUCCGGCGGUUUGAGAUGGUGGAGCGGCGGCUGAGCUCGGUGGCGUGGCAGCAGGUGAGGCUGGUGCGUGAAACGGCGCCGAACGGGGAGUUUUGCACGGUGGAGAGGGACGGGAAGGCGAUGGUGAUUGGGUGGAAGGGGACGCCGUUGGUUUCGAUCUCGACGUGGAAGUUUUUCCGGUCGGCGAGGCUCGUGAGCGGGACCAAACACUUGAGGAUCGAGUUUGAGUAG